AUGAAUCCUCAAAUAUUUACUUGUAAUUAUCUGACUCAUAAUUUGAAUCCAAUUAUAAAGUUUUGUUUAAAUGAAAAUUGCAAAUCAACAAAAGAUAAGCUUUGUGAAAUUUGUUGGAAAGAAUUUCAUGAGGAACAUCUAUUAGAUUGUUUUCCAAUUACAAUAUUGUAUUAUAUAUUAGAAAUUCAUCUUAAAAAAAUAGAACAACUCUUAUAGCGAAUUUAAUCAUUAUCAAUUGAAAAUCAAUGUAAUUCAUUUUAUUAAGAAUUGAUUGUUUAUCAAGAUAAAUUUAAAAAACUCAUUUAAAACUAAUUAGACGAAAUCCAUUUAUACUAAGAUAUUUAGAUUUUAAUUAGAUUAGCAAAGCAAUGCUACAAUAAUGAAAUAUAGAAAUUAUUAAUAGCUUUCGUAUGGACUCAAUAAAUAGAAAUAAAUACUAAAAAUACAAUCAUUUAGAUAAUUGAAGAGGUUUAUUCAUUAGAAGACCCUUAAUACUUUUCAUUUAUACUUAAUUAGCAAAGUAUUAGAUAAUUUAUCAAUUAUUUUAGUUGAAGAUUUGCUUUAUUUAUGUAAAUAUAAUCAUGCUCUUUAAAAGAUUAAUUAUGCACUAAAACUUAAAAAGGAUUAUGUUCUUUAAGCUAAGAAAUGUAAUACAUUCUAAAAUUUAGAUUCAAUAUUAAUUAUUCUGGGUAAAGAUCAAGAAGCAAAUUAAUUAAUAGCACAUCAGGAUGAUUAUAAUUAUGAUAAUUUUUUAUAAGGUCAUGUGAUUUCAUUAGUCAAUUACCAUUAUUGUAAUUCUUAACUUAAUCAAUUAGACAAACGAUAGCAUUAAAAUGAUGAUAGAUUUAAUUUACAGUUGUUUCAAAGUGUAUCUCUUUUAGAGUAAGGAAAAAUAAAGGAAGCUAAUAAAAUAAUAAAAGAAGAAUUAGCUAAAAAGCCAGAAAGUUUAGAUAUUAUUAUGUUCUAUGGUAAACAAAUUUUAUUAAUAAAGUUAAAUGUUUGAUUUUUUAUUAAAAUAAAAUUCAAAAAGCAAUUAAAUUUUGUUAAUAAGGUAUGGAAAAAUAUUCUAAUUGUUAGGCUUAUUGCGAUGCAAAGUGUAAUUAUUAAUUAAUUUUUAGUUAUUUGUAUGCUAAUGUAAAAUCCAAAAUAAUUUCAUAUUGAUAAUUUACAGAAUUUAGAUGAUGAAACAAAAAUAACAUAUUGUAUUGUAUUAGAAAAUAAUAAUAGCAAUUAUACUGAUUAAAUAAGGUGAAUUUUAGAAAGCUAUUGAAUUUUUAAACUCAAUAUAAAAAAAUUCAAAAAAGUAUUCCGAAGCAUAAAGUUUUAGAUGUAAUUUUGAAUUGUAUAUGAGUCAUUGCUAUAAAAUUGUUUUCAAAAAAUAAAACAGUUUUUUCAAUUUAAUCAUAUGAGUAACAUAGAUAAAUAAAUUCACCAUUAAUAGUCUUUAUUUCAGAAGGUAUAAUUUAUUAGUAAUAAAAGUGAAAUAAUUGUUUUUAGAAAAAUAAUUUAAAAAUGCUUUAGAUAUUGUUGAGAAAAAGUUACUAAAACUCCCUCAAUGUUUAUUUUUAACUUUGCUAAAAUGUUAAAUUUGUAAUUUAUUAGGAUAGCAACUUGUUUAAUAACUUUAUAAAAAUAUGGCCUUGCAUAAUAAUAUUUAGAACCAUUAAGGAUAUAAUAUCCAAAUGAAUUUAUUAUUGAAAUUUGUUAUGGUAUUCAAAUAGAUUAUCUAAAUUAGUAUACACUUUAGUAGGAAUGAAACAAUAUAUAUAAGCGUUGGAAAUAAUGAAUAAUCUACCAUUAAAAGAAUAAAAAUAUGAAUUUCUUGAAUUAAGAGGUUUUUUUUAAUUUAUGAUUUACAGCAUAGAUUUUAUUUCAUCAAGGAUUAUUAAGUGAAUCAAUGGAUUGUUUUAAAUUAUUGCAAUCAAAUGAAUAUAAUAAAUCUAAAAUAAAUAUAUAUAUGGGUUAAUUAUUUCAAUAACUCAUUAGGUUUGAUUAAUCAAAUAUAAAAAUAAUAUACUAUUGCAAUAUAUUAUUAUGAUUAGGAACUUAAAAAUGAAACUUACAAACAAUAAUUGCUUUAUAAUAAAGGUAAUGUUACUAUUUGAGUUUUUAGCACUUGCUAUUUUAGAAAAGAACAUAACUUAAAAUGUAUAACCUAACGAUUUAUCUUUUGAGGAAGCCAAGAAAAUUUUUCAAUCCUUAAUUGAUAUUUAUGAUUCUUAAUGGUUUCUAGGUUAAUAUAUUCUAUAUAAAUUUAAGUUAUUGUUUAUUAUUUGUAAAAUAAUUUUAAUGAGGCACAUAAUUUAUUAGAAAUACUAAAAAAAGAUUCUUAAAAAAUUGAAAAAGCAUUAAAAUUAUAAGGUAUUAUAAAUACUUUAAAUAGCUAAAAUAUAUUAUAAAUAAUAAUUAUUUGGAAUUAUAGUAAGUAUAUAUCAAAAGAUCAAUUUUUCAUUCUUAAACAAGAAUGAAAUUUCAUAAUAUAGUAAUAUAUAAAUUAAAUUUAGUAAUCUCUGCAAUUUUAAUAAAGAAUUUUGAAUUAGCUGAUUCAUUAAUAAAUAAAUGUUAGUAAUAAUUGCAAUCACUCUUUUAUUUAUUUAAAGGUAUAAUUAUUAUAUAUCAAGGUUUUAAAAUGGAGUAAGAAGGUAAAAAUUUAGAAUCAUCCAAAUAUUAUGAAGAAUUUUGUUAAUAUGAAUAACCAUAAUAGACUGCCAGUGAAUAUCCUUUACUAAUUUAAGCUGCUAAGUUAGCAUUAAGUUAUUAUUAUCACUUAUUUUUAGGACAGAUAUACAUGAGACUAGAUUAAAAUUAAAAAGUAAUUGAAUUUGAAAAUUCCAUUAAAUAACAUUAUCCAAAUCUUCCUUUAGAUACUAAUUAUGAAUGUAAAUUUUCAUUAAUUUAUAUUAGAAUUUAUAAUAAAAGAGUUUUAAAUAAUUACUUAUCCAGUAAAGCCCAUAGCUUUUUAAUUAGAGAUUAUUAAUUUAAAUUUAUUAAUGGAUUUCCGCUAAUGGUGUAUACUCAUUGAUAAAUAUGACUUUAUGAAUAUCUAUUAAUUUGAACAGAUGUUCAAAUAAUGA